AUGUUGCAGCCGACGGGCUGCCAGUGUGACAUCGGAGGUGCAGCAGGUCAGCUGUGUGGAGAGAGGAACGGCCGCUGUCGCUGCAGACCAACAUCGAGGGACCAAAGUUUUGAGAUCGAGGAGGGGACCACUCUGGACGGACGAGCGGUUCGAUUCGGAUACAACCCUCUGGAGUUCCCGGGAUUCAGCUGGAGAGGUUACGCUCAGAUGUCCCCCAUCCAGUCCAAAGUCUUGGUGUCGGUGUCGGUCAGCUCUCCAGACCUCUUCCAUGUGGUGCUCCGAUACUCCAACUGGGGGGGUUCUGAUGUCCGGGGCAGGGUGUCGGUGAUGGAGGACGGCUGGAACUACUACUGUGGUAACUGCUCGGAGCAGACCAAACAGAUCGUCUUCUCUCCCAGCGCCGAGCCCACGUUUGUCAACGUUCCCCAGAACAACUUUGUGGAGCCGUUUGUCCUGAACCCGGGGACCUGGACCGUCGUGAUCGAGGCCGAGGGAAUCCUGCUGGAUUACCUGGUUCUUCUUCCCAGUGCGUACUAUGAAGCUCCCAUCCUGCAGAUCAAAGUGACGGAGCCGUGCACCUACAGCGCUCUGCAAGACAUCACCCAGAACUGUUUGCUGUACAGGUAUCUCUCUCUGGACGCCUUCCCCUCCAUCGCCGGUAACGACGCCAGCUGCGUCCAUGACAACCAUCUGCCCCGCCCCUGCCCAUCUGAGAAGAUCACCCCUCGCCACCCUGACAUGGCCGUGUGCAGCGGACACGAUAUGAGCGUGGAGCUGCGAGGUCGUCUCUCCUCCCCGGGCGAAUACGUUCUGGUCGUAGAGUAUUCGAGCGAGGAGGAAUUGCCGCAGACCCUGACAGUGGCUGUGAACACGCCUGGAUCCAGAACACAUCAGCAGCGCGUCACCCUGCUGCACUGCAAAUACAGCUUCCUGUGUCGAGCGAUGGCCAUCGAUGAGCAGAGCAGAGUGGCCGUCUUCUCACUCUCCGCUGACCCCGAGAUCCAGCUCAUCUCCGACCGCGCCAGCUUCUUCCUGCACAAAGUUUACCUGGUGCCUAAAGAUCAGUUCAGCAUGGAGUAUGUGGACCCUAAAGUCCACUGCAUCAGCACUCAAGGACAGUUUGCCCCUGACAGUUCGUCCUGCGUCCCCUCACGCUUCCAGACCCCGUCAGACUCUCUGGUCCUGAAGGAGGGUCAGAGCUCCUCCAUGCAGGAGCCCGUCCUGGCCUCGCCCGCCGCGGCUCCUCCUCUGCCACUCUCUCAGAGCGACCAGCCGGAGUGGACGGGCGGAGACAGACCUCCACACGGGGCGGAUAACAGCGACCACGUCAGGCUGGACUCGGUACAGAAUGCAGCAGUGUACUCGACCCGUGUCCACACUCUGGGGCGUUACGUCUUCAUCCUCCACUACCAUCAGCCCCACCACCCCAGCUACCCGGUACAGGUCUACAUCAACGGGGGACGGAUCUGGCAGGGUCAAGCCAACGCCUCCUUCUGCCCCCACGCUUACGGCUGCCGUAACGUCCUGGUCUCCGAGAAUCAGAUCAUCCUGGACGUGACGGACCACGAGGUCUUCCUCACGGUGCAGAUUCCUGCUGGAAAGACUCUGUGGCUGGAUUAUGUGCUGGUCGUGCCCGAGGCGAGCUACAGCUCCAGCUACAUGAGCGAGGAACCUCUGGACAAAUCCUACGACUUCAUCAGCAGCUGCGGCCAAAAAAGCUUCUACAUCAGCCCGUCCACCGCCUCUCCGUUCUGCCUCGGCUCUGCGGUGUCUCUGUCGGCGUUCUUCAACAACGGGGCGAUGCCGUGCGCCUGCCACGAGGUCGGAGCCGAGAGCGACACCUGCGAGCUGUUCGGCGGUCAGUGCCACUGUAGGCCUAACGUGAUUGGCCGAGACUGCUCGAUGUGUGCGACAGGAUACUGGGGAUUCCCCAACUGCAGACCCUGUAACUGCGGCACUCGGCUGUGUGAACCCGUGACCGGUUACUGUAUCUGCCCUCCGAGGACAGUCCGCCCUGAAUGCACCACGUGCGAGCCCCAGACGUUCGGCUGCCACCCGGUGGUCGGCUGCGAGGUCUGCAACUGCUCUCGGCCCGGCGUCAUCACCCCCGAUGUCAACUGCGAUACGACCAGUGGACAGUGCAG